AUGGCGCCCACAUUGAACAUCUCCGACAUUCAUUCCUUGAAGAGGAACGAAGCAUUGGAGAUUCUUGCCCAGAUAUCCCGCGUAGAGAAAAAGACAUUUCCGACCAAUGAGGCAUUCAGCUUUGGAGAAGAGCUGUGGAGAAAAAAGCCCAACACGCGAGUAUUAUACGCGACCCAACCCAAGGAGGGUGGUCGAUCGGAGCUUAUCGCCUACGCGGUGUACGUGCGCCAGAAGGGUGUUGCUCUCCUUCACAAGGUUUGUGUAAUAGAAGCCUGCCGUCGACAGGGUGUUGGGCAACAGCUCAUGUCCUACAUUCAAGAGCGCCUCCGGAAGGAGGGCUGUCAAUACAUACAGUUGUGGGUUGACAAGGUCAGGGAACCUGCCCGAGCAUUAUAUCAACGAGGUGGAUUCAAGGAGCAAGAGGAAAUCCCUGACUAUUACGCCCCUGGACGAACGGGGAUUCGAAUGGUCCUAGACUUGGACCGUGAUGGAUGA